AUGAGAACCUACGUUUGUCAUAUUUGUAAUAUCACCUUUACAUCUUUAGAAAUGUUCUGGUUACAUAUGCAAGGAAGUGAACAUCAAAUUAAAGAAUCCACUGUUAUCAAACUAUUGAAGAAUUCAAAGAAGCCAUCAGACUCUUACCAAGAUGAAUGUACAGAUUACAUCAAAGUACAGAAAGCCAGAGGACCAGAACCGAAGACUAGUUUCAGAAAGAUGGAAGAGAGUUCUGUGGAAGUCCACAGGUACAGAGAAGUAGAUGAUUCCAGAUCCAGACAUAGAAUGUUGGAACAAAGACUCCCAUGUGAGACUUUCCGGACAUACCCAGGAUCAUACAAUAUUUCACAAACAGUGGAAAACCAGUUUCCUCAUUGCUUACCAGCUCACUCAAAGAAGACAUAUGACUCUUUCCAAGAUGAACUGGAAGAUUAUAUCAAAGUGCAGAAAGCUAGAGGUCUAGAUCCAAAGACUUGUUUCAGAAAGAUAAGAGAGAGCUCUAUGGAAACCCAUGGGUACAGAGAAGUUGAUUCUGGACCCAGACCAAGAAUGUAUGAGCACAGAUUUUCCUUUGAGACUUCUCAGACAUACCAACGACCAUAUACUACUUCACCAAUGGAAAGCCAGUUACAUCACUGGUUACCAACUCAUUCAGAGAGGACCUAUGACUCUUUCCAAGAUGAACUUGAGGAUUAUAUCAAAGUGCAGAAAGCCAGAGGACUAGAGCCAAAGACUUGUUUCAGAAAGAUAAGUGAUAGCUCUGUGGAUACCCAUAAAUACAGAGAAGUGGUUGAUUCCAGACCCAGACAUAGAGUGUUUGAGCAAAGACCCCCAUUUGAGACUUUCCAGACUUACCCAGGAUCAUACAAUAUUUCACAGGCAGUGGAAAACCAGUUACCUCAUUACUUACCAGCUCAUGACAGCAAACAGAGAUUAGACUCUGUGACCUACUGUCAACCCACCAGAGACUAUUUCCCAGAAAAACCAGUACCCCUGAGCCUUAGUCAGCAGCAAAAUAAUUCUGGCCCAUACAGUGUAGACUCUGAAGUUUACAAGCACCACUCCUCAGAAAACAAUACCAGUGACCAUCAAGCAAGUCAUAAGCAGAAACAUCAGAAGAGAAGAAGGCAUCUGGAGGCAGGUGAAGAAAGGCCACAGAAGGAGCAGUCUAAGCAUAAAAGGAAAAAGAGUUAUGGGGAUACAGAUGUAGACAAGGACAAGAGCAUCCAGGAAAGGAAAAGAGAGGGAGGUAAAGUCAGUGUCAGUUCAGGAAAGCUUAAGCAUCAAAAAAAGAAAAAAAGCCGUGGUGUACCCUUCUGA